AUGAACAACACCGACAACACCUCCGCUCCUCGCCGCUCUCAGCGCAACGCAGGCAAGAAGUCCGAAGACCUUCCCGCUGCCGUCUCAAAGACGAACAAAUCGUCGUCACAACCUGCCGAAGCAGAGAAGAACUCCAGCCGCACAACGAGGAGCAAAGGCAAGGGCAGGAGAGGUGGAGGUGCGCCUGCCGGCGAAGAGCUGGAGAUGGAGGAUGCGCCAGUCGGCGAGGACGAGGACACCAUCACCGUCACCCCACGGCAACCAAUGGCGAAUUCUCGCAUGGCCGGCGAGAUGCGCCCACCUGCAAUUCCUCCCACGAAGACCGGCGCGCCUCCCACAAAGUCUACGCGAUUGACCAGGUCGGCCUCUUCACCUUCCAAACCUGCUACCGCCGACAACGCCGUCAACUCCAACAGAAAUGCGCCCACCAAACGAGGCACAGCAAAGACAGCGGCUUCAAUGAGGACGGCGGAGUCGAAGGAUGUGGCGGAAGAGGAGGUGGAACAGGACAAUGGCCAAGUGGCGAAGAAGUCAAUGCUUGUCAAGUUGAAAGUGAACGUGCCGGUGCCCAAGCCCAGGCCUGACCCCACCUUCGAGGAGUACGGCAACCUCCUCAUGUAUAACAUCGAAGGAGGUCAGGAAAUGUACGAGGAGCAGGGUGGUGACGCCAAGUACGGCACGGCGGAGGAGAGGAUCCGGGAGGCGAUCGCGAACGGUCUCGCCGAGCGUGCGCUUGCUGAGAUCCCUGACCCGGUAAGUUCUGAAGCCAGUCAAGAGGGCGACGACGAGGAGGGAGACGGGGAUGGAGAAGGCGAGGGCGGAGAAGAUGAGGAGGGAAUGGAUGAGGACUGA